UAUGUCAGAUAGAUAAGUAACUGUACCGCAGAUGUUUGAAACACAAGCAAACUCUGGAAGGCUUAAAACCCUUCCCUUGCAAUAAUAGUCAAUAGCCAUGGCCAUGGCCACCCUUCGGAUUCUCACCAUCAUUGCCAUCUUCUUACCUUCUUCCAAAUCCAUGCACUUUAAUUUUCCAGCAGUUUUCAACUUCGGUGAUUCAAAUUCUGAUACCGGUGCUCUUAUUGCUGCUGGUAUUGAGAGCCUUUACCCGCCUAAUGGACAGACUUACUUUCAAGUACCAUCAGGGAGAUACUCUGAUGGCCGUCUCAUCAUCGAUUUCCUUAUGGAUGCCAUGGACUUGCCAUUCCUAAAUGCAUAUCUGGAUUCAUUGGGUUUGCCAAGUUAUAGGAAAGGUUGCAACUUUGCAGCUGCAGGUUCAACUGUCCUUCCAGCCACUGCAUCAUCCAUUUGCCCCUUCUCCUUUGGGAUUCAGGUGUCUCAGUUCCUCCGAUUCAAAGCUCGGGCUCUUGAAUUGCUUUCCAAAGGCAGGAAAUUUGAUAAGUACGUCCCAAAUGAAGAUAUUUUCAACAAGGGGUUGUACAUGUUUGACAUUGGCCAGAAUGAUCUUGCUGGCGCAUUUUAUUCUAAAACAUUGGACCAAAUACUUGCCUCAAUUCCGACUAUUCUUUUAGAAUUUGAAACUGGAAUAAAGAAACUGUAUGACCAGGGGGCUAGAUAUUUCUGGAUACACAACACGGGUCCUCUUGGAUGCUUGGCUCAGAAUAUUGCUAAAUUUGGAACUGAUCCAUCAAAGCUUGACGAACUAGGAUGUGUUAGUUCACACAACCAAGCUGCUAAAACACUUAAUCUACAGCUUCGUGCCCUCUGUAGUAAAUUGCAGGGCCAAUAUUCAGAUGCAAAUGUCACAUAUGUUGAUAUAUUCACCAUAAAAUCAAACCUCAUUGCAAACUAUUCUAAAUACGGGUUUGAACAACCUAUUAUGGCUUGUUGUGGAUAUGGAGGUCCGCCACUGAACUAUGACAGUCGAGUUUCGUGUGGACAAACAAAGACCUUCAAUGGAACCACAAUUACAGCGAAAGGUUGUAAUGAUAGCACUGAGUAUAUAAACUGGGACGGGAUUCAUUACACUGAGACUGCUAAUCAAUAUGUCGCAUCACAAAUUCUCACUGGAAAGUACUCCGACCCUCCUUUCUCAGACAAAAUGCCUUUCCUUCUCAAGCUCAAGUUCUAA